GCAACACUAGUCAUCGUCCAUCAGUCAUCGUCUUUUUGUUCGCUUACAGUUUUCAUUAUAAGAUAUAAACAAUAAUAUAAUAAUGGAUAGAUUCGAAUAUAUUGAUGCUCGUUUAUUUGAGGGAGAAAAUUACGUUAAAAGAGACAAAAAUGUUAAGAUAUAUGAUGGAGAAGAUAAGACUCAAUUCACGGAUGGCGAAGUGGUAUUGACCACACACAGGAUACUGUGGGGAAAGCCUGGGGACAUACCUAAAGGCCUUACGUGUUUGGCACUUCAUUUGUAUUAUGUUUUUUGUUUGGAAGAAGAAAGUGGUGGAGUAUUUGGUCUGGGAGGCCCUAAAAGAAUCAUACUGCAUCUAGGGCCUGCACUUCCAGGAAAGAGACCAGGGCCAGCCGUAGUUAGCCCAUUUCAUUUUGUGAAGUUCUCUUUCAAAGAUGGCAUUGAUCCAGCAUUUUAUAAAGCACUUACUGAAGCCGUAGCAGCCAAAGCAUGGGAGAGAACCAGCACUGCAGUAUCUCCUGUCAGUGCUGGAAGCCCUUCCUCAAGUCACAAACCAAUAGUACCUGUGAAUUCCAAAAUGCGAUCUGGAAUUGUUGGUAUUGAAAGAAGCAUAGAGGAACAACACAGAGCCACAGAUGAGAGCAUCACUGUUGCUUUCAAAGAUCUCACCAAACUUAUGGAGAAAGCAAAAGAAAUGGUGGCUAUAUCCAAAAAUAUAUCCACUAAGAUUAGGGAAAAACAAGGAGAUAUAUCUGAAGAUGACACAAUCAGAUUCAAGUCUUACCUCAUGAGCUUAGGUAUAGAUGACCCGGUAACUAGGGAUGCAUUUAGAUCAGAUUCUGAAUAUUACAUGGGCUUAGCUCAACAAAUAUCUGACAUGAUGGUGGCUGUUUUAAUGGAUUGUGGUGGAAUAAUGUCAUUGGCAGAUGUUUGGUGCCGUGUCAAUAGGGCAAGAGGUCUAGAACUGAUAUCUCCAGAAGAUUUGCUAAAUGCCUGCAAACUACUGCAAACAAUUGGCGCACCAAUGUCACUGAGAAAAUUCCCAAGUGGUGCAUGUGUGUUACAACUAAACAGUAACAGAGAUGAAGAAGUUGCUAAAACGACUAGUAAUUUGCUUGAAGAGAAUGGUUUCUUAACACCGGAAAAGUUGUCCCAAAUCGCCAGUGUUUCAGUGUUGUUGGCGCGCGAACGACUCUUCACAACUGAGCGUCUUGGGUUUGCAUGCAGAGACGAAUCCAUAGAGGGGUUGGCUUUCUACCCCAAUCGAUUCCUGAAUGCCUAAUAAUGUUAAUAUUGUUAUGUUGUAAAAUAUAUUAUUAAAAUAUUUAUAUAUUGCUUUUGUUAAA